CAUUCUCGUACUUCACUCAACAUUUGAUACAACAAGUAAAAGCUCUUACUGAAGUUAGAAAAUGGACCGUGGGAACUACCGACGUGGUGGCGGCGAUAAAGCCGGCAGGGGUGGAGGUUACCGUGAUCGUGGCCAAGGACAAGGCCGUAGUGGUGGUGGUGGAAGGGGUGAGGCCCAGAUCGGAAGUGGUAGGGGUGGACCCCAGACCGGUGGUGGAAGGGGUGGGCCCCAGAUGGGUUCAUCUAAUCAACCAUCAUUUCAGCAUCCACAGCAAUGGGGAAAUCAGCCAAGGCCAUCGGGUCAGUAUCAGUUUCGUGGGGCUCCGCAAAAUCAGCCGGGUCAGAAUCCGGGUGGUGGUGGUACUUGGGUCAACCAACCAGUCCAACGUGGUGGUGGUGGUCCUACUUGGCCACGGCUACCAGAACAGGGUAGUGGCGUCCCAAGCAAUGCUUGGGCCAGGCCACCACCGCAGCAGCCGCAGCAACAGGGUAGUGGCGGCGGGGCUGCUAGUGCUUGGGUCCGGCCACCGCCGCAGCAACACGGUGGUGGAAGCCAGCAGCAGCAGGUUGUGGAUCGUCCUCCUCCUCCUCAAUCUUCUGAUCCUGUUCAAGUUGAUCUGGGGUCCCUGAAAAUUACAGAACAAAGUCCAUCAUCUCCUCCAGAAAGUUACAAGGAAAAACGUGUACCUGUUGCACGACCUGAUACUGGAAAAAUUUCUGUCAAGUCAAUUGGGCUGCUUGCUAAUCAUUUUCCUGUUAGAUUUAAUCCCCAGACUACCAUUAUGCAUUAUGAUGUGGAUAUUCAACAGAAGGCUGGUGAGAAUCGGCCUGUGAAGAAGUUAACAAACAAUGCUGUUCUCCAUAUGAUAAGAGAAAAGUUGUGUGCGGAUGACCCUACCCGAUUUCCCAUAGAUAAAACUGCAUAUGACGGUAAGAAGAACAUUUUCAGUGCUGUUCAACUACCUACUGGGUGUUUCACUGUGAACUGCUCCGACGGGGAUGAUGCUAACGGGCGCUCGUAUGGCGUUACUAUCAAGCUUGUUGCUGAAUUAAAACUUUGCAAGCUGAAAGAAUAUUUGAGUGGAAACCUUUCGUAUAUUCCUCGUGAUAUACUACAAGGAAUGGAUUUGGUUAUGAAAGAAAAUCCUUCUAGGUGCAGGGUUUCUGUAGGUCGUUCUUUCUACUCUAAUGAGCACCUGGCUGAGCAUGACUUCGGUUUUGGGGUUGCUGCAUAUAGAGGUUUUCAGCAGAGCCUAAAGCCUACAACUGGAGGGCUUGCGUUGUGCUUAGAUUACUCUGUCUUGGCACUCCGGAAACCAAUGCCAGUGCUAGACUUUCUGAGGGAAUAUUUAGGAGAACCUAACGAAAUUACUUUCAGGAAAAAUAUUCGAGCUGCAAAGGUUGCAUUGGUUGGUUUGAAAGUCAGAGUAAUUCAUCGUCGUACCAGCCAGAAGUUUCUUAUUAAGCAGCUAACUGACUGCAAGACUCGUGAAAUUACUUUUCCCCUUGAAGAUCCAGAAGGCAGAGAUCCCCCAAGGGAUGUUUUCCUUGUUGACUACUUCAGGGAUAAAUAUCAGCGGGAGAUUAGGUUCAAGGAUUUUCCUUCAUUAGAUAUUGGAAAAGGUAAUAAGAAAAACUAUGUCCCGAUGGAAUUUUGUGUCUUGGUUGAGGGACAACGGUAUCCAAAGGAAGACUUGGAUAAGGACACAGCCUUGUUUUUGAAGAACCUAUCACUAGCUCGACCCCAACAUAGAAGGGAGACAAUAUGUGAAAUGGUACGGGCUGAAGAUGGGCCGUGCGGGGCUGUCACCCGUAAUUUUGAGAUUGGAGUUGAUAUGAACAUGACCCGUGUUUCGGGUCGUAUUCUUCCUCCCCCUGAUUUGAAGCUAGGUGGUCAAAGUCGACUUCCUGUGAAUGAUAAAUGCCAGUGGAACCUUGUUGGGAAAUCUGUGGUGGAAGGCAAGGCGCUUCAACGAUGGGCUUUGAUAGAUUUUAGCUCCCAGGAACGCAACUCCUUCUUUAGGCUACGAGUUGAUGAAUUUGUCUUCAGAUUGAAAGAUCGGUGCAAAAAAUUGAGUAUUAAUAUGGAAGAACCUGUCGUAAAACAUUUCAGUAACAUGAAUGCACUCUCUGCAGUUGGUAAGGUUGAAGAUCUCCUCAAUGUUGUGGUUGAUGAAGCUCGCCAGAAAAACAAGGGUAAACUUCAAAUGAUAGUUUGCGUUAUGGCAUCAAAGCAUAAUGGGUACAAAUAUCUUAAAUGGGUAUCUGAGACAAAAAUUGGCGUUGUAACCCAGUGUUGCUUGUCUUCUAAUGCCAACAAGGGACAGGAUCAAUAUCUUGCAAACCUCUGUAUGAAGAUUAAUGCAAAACUUGGAGGCAGCAAUAUGGAACUUAUGGAAAGACUCCCUAAUUUCGGAAGUGAAGACAAUGUCAUGUUCAUUGGAGCUGAUGUUAAUCAUCCUGCUGCGAGGAAUGAGACAUGUCCAUCCAUAGCAGCUGUUGUUGCCACUGUCAACUGGCCAGCUGCUAAUAGAUAUGCCGCUAGAGUUUGUCCUCAGGACCACAGGACUGAGAAAAUUCUAAAUUUUGGAAGCAUGUGUGCAGAUCUAGUUAAUACUUAUGCUCGACUCAACAAGGUUAAACCAAACAGAAUUGUUGUUUUCCGUGAUGGUGUGAGUGAGGGUCAGUUCGAUAUGGUACUCAACGAAGAGUUGCUUGAUUUGGCGAAGGCUAUAUACGACAGUCACUAUCAACCGGCAAUCACUCUUGUUGUGGCUCAGAAGAGACACCAUACACGCCUAUUUCCUGAGGGUGGCCCUGCCAAUGUGCCUCCGGGUACUGUUGUGGAUACAAUAAUUGUUCAUCCAACUGAUUUUGACUUCUAUCUUUGCAGCCAUUUUGGUGGGUUGGGUACUAGCAAGCCAACUCACUACCAUGUUCUAUGGGAUGAGAAUGGUUUCAAUUCUGACCGCUUACAAAAGCUUAUAUACAACAUGUGCUUCACUUUUGCGCGGUGCACCAAACCUGUUUCACUUGUUCCACCAGUUUACUAUGCAGACCUUGUUGCCUACAGAGGACGGAUGUUCCAAGAGGUGCUUAUGGAGAUGAACUCUCCUAGGUCUACAACUUCAUCCUAUGCAGCUUCUUCGUCGUCAUCAUCAUCUUCUCCAACUGCUUCAUUUGAACAAAGAUUUUAUGAUUUGCACCCUGAUUUGCAGAACAUAAUGUUUUUUGUUUGAUGACAGACUCGUCAGCUUUUUGAUCUCCUUCACCAUUCCCACACUGGGGAGGAGAUGGUUGUCUACAUUUUGGAAAUGCCCAUUUCCAAACGCAUUUGAACCUCCUUUCUGUCGGACCUAGCAAAGGAGUUUGUGCGUGAAUCUAAUGGGAUUUCGCCGUGCCGUGUUUUAUUUUCUAUGAUGCUCACUUUUCUAGGGAGUGAGUUUGUCUAUUGAUGGUUUGACGUUUGAUUAUGUUUUAUUUACUUUGGGGUCUCUGUAGGCUACUGCCAAGUUUGUCUGAAUUGCGUGUGUGCUUGAAUUGUGUGAUGUUUUUUUACUAUGUAUUGCGAGACAAAAGUUGAAUUUCGUUUAAUGUAUUUGUUUUUGUGCUA